UUUUAGCUAUGACUUUAUUUGCUCUGACAAUAGUUUCUGUCUUUGGUUUAAAAAGCAAGCGUCUGUCAAAAGUUAGAAGACAGUUUGCGAAGAUUUUUGAGUUGUGACAGCUCAGUACUUAGUACCUACUAACUACCUGCCGUCACUGUCAGCAUUCGCUAUGCGCUAAAAACUCAAAAUCUAAAAGUUUAGUUACAAUUGGAGUCACUUAAAAAUCUUCAUACAUUAGAAUUAUGCAUUUUUUGUUUAUAAGGUUAUUCGUUUAUUCUCUCAUUGGAGCGAUUGUGCAAUGUAAUUACCAAGAAUCUUGUUUAAACAAGGAUUCUUGUAGAGAAGAAAUAAAUAAAUAUAGUAAAGAAAGCAAUGAUUUUGAUGCCAAGAUACAUUUUUUAAUCGAAGAUGCAUUAAAAAAAUACACACCAUGUGUGAAAACUAAUUGUAACUGCCAUGCAGAUCAAAUAUAUAAUGAUCUAGAUGCUUUUAAAAGCGGAAUAACAAAAGAAAUGUUCGCUCAAGCUAAGCUUAAGGGGACUACCUAUCAGAUUUUCGAUGGAAAGAUUUUCAGAGAGACAGAUUGCCAUUUUCCAGCUAGAUGUGCUGGAGUGGAACAUUACCUAAAAAUUCUUGCCCCAACCCUACCUGAUAUGGAUUUAGUCAUAAACACUAGGGACUGGCCACAGUUUAACAAAGACUGGGGUCAUAAGAAAGCACCAGUGUUAUCUUUCAGUAAGACAAGGAGUUAUUAUGAUAUAAUGUACCCUACUUGGAGUUUCUGGGAAGGUGGACCGGCUAUAGCAUUAUACCCUACAGGCAUUGGCCGCUGGGACAAACAUAGAACAUCAAUAUCUACAGCUGCUGAAAAAUGGCCUUGGAAUAAGAAGGAAGAAAAAGCAUUCUUCAGGGGAUCAAGGACAAGCGAGGAGAGAGACGCUCUGAUUCUUUUAUCAAGAUCUCAUCCAGAACUUGUAGAUGCUAAGUAUACAAAAAACCAAGCUUGGAAAUCUGAUGCAGAUACACUAUAUGCUCCCCCGGCAAGUGAGGUGUCGUUUGAAGACCAUUGCAAAUAUAAAUACCUCUUCAACUACAGAGGAGUGGCAGCCAGUUUCCGUUUAAAACAUUUAUUUUUAUGUAAAUCAUUAGUAUUUCAUGUUGGGGACGAGUGGCUUGAAUUUUUCUAUCCAUCACUGAAACCUUGGGUUCAUUAUAUUCCAAUCAAUCCAAAAGCUGAUCAAGAUGAAAUAAUGAAAUAUAUACAGUUCUUCAAAGAACAUGAUACACUGGCUGACGAGAUUGCUGAAAGGGGCUUCCGACACAUUUGGGACAAUCUAUCAGACAAAGAUGUGACUUGUUACUGGGAAAAGCUGUUGAAGAAAUAUGCUAAACUGCUUAAGUAUGAUAUAGUGAGAGACAAGAAUCUGAAAAGGAUAUAACCAAAUAGUCUUCUGGAACUUUAAUUAAACAAUAGUUACAACUAAUAUAUAUUUAUUAACUUUAUUUAUGGUACACACAUGAAAAAAAAAAAUACAUUAAAUUCAAUACAAUUAUUAUUUAAAGCCAUGUUAUAGAAUUUGUAUGUUGUAUUCAGAAAAGAGUUACAAGGUGAGAUAUAAGUUGAAUAGCAAUAAAGUGGAAAGAAGACAAAUUAGAAAUGAGAUCAUUAAGUUAUAAGAAUACAUAACUAAUGAUAACUACACUGUGAUUCUGGAAUCUCUAAAAAUAGCGGUUUUAAGACUAAAAUAAAAUAAACAGUGGAGCCUCUUACAUUGGAAAGAUCUUUAUUUCGAUAACAUUUUAUAUAGAAUUGACAGUUGGUGGUUGAUAAGUUUUCCUUUCCAAAGUAAGAAUUAAUAAGACAAGACAACAGGAUUCUUAACUAAAGUCGCGAUCAGGCAGAACUGCUGGUGCGACGAGGGUCCAAAUGUAUAGACCGAUGCACAACCAAGAUGAUGUAAUCUUGAUCCACAUGGACGCCACAUUAGACUUGGACAGCUGAGAACUCGGGCUGCAGGGGAAUUAAGAAGACAAUUAUAUUAUUUGUUUUAAAAUUAAGACAUUAAUAUCUACUUACUUCAUUCAUAAGACUUGUAAAUUAUAUUUUAUGAUACAUUAAUAAUUUAAUAUAUGUUUAAACAUUGUUCAUUGA